CGGCAUUACGGCGGGAUGGUGUGAGGUGUCAAGUGACACAUGUCUGUGUGUCCGAUGAACCUGGGCGAUAUGACAUUCUAGCGAUAUCAAUCAAUUCUCGCAGCGAGAAGGGAUAAGAUAAGACCAAACACCAAACAGAUCGAAAAGCAGAGCAGAAUGGCUCGGCAAUCAUACUCACUCACAGUAGAAUCCUACUCCGUACUGCUUAUCGCACAAACCGUGUCGAGUUGCCUCACUCACUCCCACAGAAUCCUGAGCCCAAAGCGCGAGGGGCUCCCAAUGGAGCUGCGAUCCACCGAGGAGGAGAAGCAGCCGCAGCCGCCGCACUUCCUGAUCGUCACGUACCCGGCGCAGGGCCACAUCACCCCGGCGCGCCACCUCGCACGCCGCCUCGUGCUCGCGGGCGCGCGCGUCACCGUAUGCAUCCCCGUCUCCGCCUUCCGCAAGAUGUUCCCUGCCGCGGCAGAGGGAGACGGCAGCGGCAGCGGCGAGGACGAGGAGAGGGAGGAAGAAGGCGACGGCGUGGCCUACGCGUCCUACUCCGACGGGUACGACGGCGGCUUCGACCGCGCCGCGGACGACCACGCCAAGUACCUCGCGCGCGUCAGGCAGGAGGGCGCGCGCACGCUGUCGGCGCUGCUGGGCCGCCUCCGCGACGGCGGGCCGCGCCGGCGCGGGCCCGUGACGUGCGCCGUGUACACGCUGCUGAUGCCGUGGGUGUCCCGCGUGGCGGCCGAGCACGGCGUGGCGCACGUCGCCGUCUUCUGGAUCCAGCCGGCCACCGCGCUCGCCGCGUACUACCACUACUUCCGGGGCAGCCGAGAGCGCUUCCUCAUGGCCGCCGCGGCGCGCGAGCCCAGCGGCGGCGCCGAGGAAGUGCGCCUCCCGGGCCUCCCGCCGCUCCGGCUCCGCGACCUGCCGUCCUUCCUCGCCAUCACCUCCGACGACGACCGCUUCGCAGCCGUCAUACCGGAGUUCGCGGCGCUCAUCGACGCCAUCGAACGCGACGGCGACCCCGCGAGGCCGGCUCCGACCUACGUCCUCGCAAACACGUUCGACGCCAUGGAGCUCGACGCGCUGGCGUCGCUCAGGCCCCACGUCGAGGUGGUCACAAUCGGGCCCGUGCUCUCCUUCCUCCACGACGAAGCCGACGGGAACAACAAUUCUCCCCCCAACGACCUGUUCGGCCACGAUGGGGAAGGCGGCUACCUGUCGUGGCUGGACGCGCAGCGGGCCAAGUCCGUGGUGUACAUCUCCUUCGGGAGCACGUCGGUGAUGAGCAAGGCGCAGGUGGCCGAGAUCGCCGACGCCAUGGAGCAGUCCCACAGGCCGUUCCUGUGGGUGCUACGGAAGGACAACUGCAGGGACGGAGAAGACGACGAAAAAGAGGCCAUCAAGGAACUCCUCGCGGCGGCCACGGCGGCGGGGAGCGUGGUGGUGGAGUGGUGCGACCAGGCGCGCGUGCUGGCGCACCCGGCCGUGGGGUGCUUCGUGACGCACUGCGGGUGGAACUCGACGCUGGAGAGCGUCGCGUGCGGCGUGCCCACGGUGGCCGCGCCGCAGUACUCGGACCAGGGCACCUGCGCGUGGCUCGUGGAGCGGGAGCUCGGGGCCGGCGUCCGCGCGACGGCGCGCGCCGAGGACGGCGUGCUGGAGGCAGGGGAGCUGAGGAGGUGCGUGGAGUUUGCCAUGUCGGAGGCCGUGAGCGCGCACGCCACGGCGUGGAAGAAGGAGGCCCGGGCCGCCGUUGCUGAUGGUGGGGUGUCGGACCGGAACCUGAGGGAGUUCGUCAGCCGGAUCGCCAUGGCCAGAUGUAAUACGGAGUAGCUGAAAUUGUUUACUGCAUCUGCUGCUGCAAUUUUUUUUUCUUUUUUUGGUUCAGGAUUGUUACUGUUGGUGAGUGUAAAUGCUGCGGGAGUAAAUUGGAAUGGCCGUGCGGCCGUGACAUUAUGAUCUGGCCGUAUCUGUCAACUCCAUAACUGAAGGGAAAUGAUGGUGAUCAACCGACUGAUCAGUGUGAUCACGAUCACGCGUCAGCCGAUACGUGCGCCGUCCCCGCUGCCGCAAAAGGACGGCCAGGAUCACGAGCAUGUCUUUCGUCUACUACAGAUUGCCAUUGUAUUGUACUGGCAUGGUGUCCCGGGAAACAUUUUUAUUGAUAUAUUUUCAUUCACAGAAGA